UUUCAACUGCACUGUCACCGCACUUGAACUUGGAAUCUUGUAAGCUGAAGAACUGCACUGGGAGAAAGAAGAAACUUCUAACAAAUGGGAAAUUAUAAAUCAAGACCAACCCAAACUUGUACUGAUGAAUGGAAGAAGAAAGUCAGUGAAUCUUAUGUUAUUGUAAUAGAAAGAUUAGAAGAUGACCUGCAGCUCAAAGAAAAAGAGCUUACAGAACUGAGGCAUAUAUUUGGUUCUGAUGAUGCCUUCAGUAAGGUCAAUUUAAAUUACCGCACAGAAAAUGGUCUAUCUCUACUUCAUUUAUGUUGCAUUUGUGGAGGCAACAAGUCCCAUAUUAGAACCCUUAUGUUAAAAGGUCUCCGCCCAUCUCGACUGACAAGAAAUGGAUUUACAGCAUUGCACUUGGCAGUUUACAAGGAUAGUGCAGAAUUGAUCACUUCUCUGCUUCACAGCGGAGCUGACAUACAGCAGGUUGGGUAUGGCGGCCUCACUGCCCUGCAUAUUGCUACAAUUGCUGGCCACCUGGAGGCUGCUGAUGUGCUGUUGCAGCAUGGAGCUAAUGUCAACAUUCAGGAUGCAGUUUUCUUCACUCCAUUACACAUUGCAGCUUACUACGGGCAUGAACAGGUAACACGCCUCCUUUUGAAAUUUGGUGCUGAUGUAAAUGUAAGCGGUGAAGUUGGAGAUAGGCCCCUCCACCUGGCAUCUGCAAAAGGAUUCUUUGAUAUUGCAAAACUCUUGGUAGAAGAAGGCAGCAAAGCAGACGUGAAUGCUCAGGACAAUGAAGACCACGUCCCACUCCAUUUCUGUUCUCGCUUUGGACACCACGAUAUAGUGAAGUACCUGCUCCAGAGCGAUUUGGAAGUUCAGCCACAUGUUGCUAAUAUUUAUGGAGACACCCCUUUGCACCUGGCAUGCUACAAUGGCAAAUUUGAAGUUGCCAAGGAAAUCAUCCAAAUAUCAGGAAUCGAAAGUCUGACUAAAGAAAACAUCUUCAGUGAAACCGCUUUUCACAGUGCUUGUACCUACGGCAAGAGCAUUGACCUGGUUAAAUUUCUUCUUGAUCAGAAUGUAAUAAGUAUCAACCACCAAGGAAGGGACGGGCACACAGGAUUGCACUCUGCUUGCUACCAUGGUCAUAUCCGCCUGGUUCAGUUCUUACUGGAUAAUGGAGCUGAUAUGAAUCUGGUAGCUUGUGAUCCAAGCAGGUCUAGCGGUGAAAAAGAGGAGCAGACAUGUUUGAUGUGGGCUUAUGAAAAAGGGCAUGAUGCAAUUGUUACACUCCUGAAGCAUUAUAAGAGACCUCAGGAUGAAUUGCCCUGUAAUGAAUAUUCUCAACCUGGAGGAGAUGGCUCCUAUGUGUCUGUUCCAUCCCCUCUGGGGAAGAUUAAAAGCAUGACAAAAGAGAAGGCAGAUGUUCUCCUCCUAAGAGCUGGAUUGCCUUCACAUUUCCAUCUUCAGCUCUCAGAAAUUGAGUUCCAUGAGAUUAUUGGCUCAGGUUCUUUUGGGAAAGUGUAUAAAGGACGAUGCAGAAAUAAAAUAGUGGCUAUAAAACGUUAUCGCGCCAACACCUACUGCUCCAAGUCAGAUGUGGAUAUGUUUUGCCGAGAAGUGUCCAUUCUCUGCCGGCUCAAUCAUCCCUGUGUCAUUCAGUUUGUGGGGGCUUGCUUGAAUGAUCCCAGCCAGUUCGCCAUCGUCACUCAGUAUAUAUCAGGGGGUUCUCUAUUCUCCCUCCUUCAUGAACAAAAGAGGAUUCUUGAUUUGCAGUCUAAAUUAAUUAUUGCAGUAGAUGUUGCCAAAGGUAUGGAGUACCUCCACAACUUGACGCAGCCAAUUAUACACCGUGACUUAAACAGUCACAAUAUUCUUCUCUAUGAGGAUGGGCAUGCCGUGGUGGCAGAUUUUGGAGAAUCAAGAUUUCUGCAGUCUCUGGAUGAAGACAACAUGACAAAACAACCUGGGAACCUCCGCUGGAUGGCUCCUGAGGUGUUCACACAGUGCACACGGUACACCAUCAAAGCGGACGUCUUCAGCUAUGCUCUGUGUCUGUGGGAACUUCUCACUGGCGAAAUUCCAUUUGCUCAUCUCAAGCCAGCCGCUGCUGCAGCCGACAUGGCUUACCACCACAUCAGACCUCCCAUCGGCUAUUCCAUUCCCAAGCCCAUAUCAUCUCUGCUGAUGCGAGGGUGGAAUGCCUGUCCCGAAGGAAGACCUGAAUUUUCUGAAGUUGUUACCAAGUUAGAAGAGUGUCUCUGCAACAUAGAGCUUAUGUCUCCUGCAUCAAGUAACAGCAGUGGGUCUCUCUCACCUUCCUCUUCUUCUGAUUGUCUGGUGAGCCGGGGAGGGCCUGGCCGGAGCCACGUGGCCGCUUUACGGAAUCGUUUUGAGUUGGAAUAUGCUCUCAAUGCAAGGUCCUAUGCUGCCUGGUCCCAAAGGACCAGUGUAUCCAAAGUGCAGCCGUAGAAUCUUGCUCUCCUCUGAGAUGCUAUUCUUAUUUCCGGAGGACCUCUGAUUGUCCACUCUCCCUGUCAACUUCUCCUUCAUAGCAAGGCAGCGUACCUCGCACGCUGCUCGAGGGUUUUAAUUGAUACUACCAGUCGUUAGUAAGUUUAUGGCUUCUCGGUUUUCCCUGCAGCCUAUCUGGGGAACACACAGUCAGUGAUAGAGGCCUUAUAAUCCAUCAUGAAUGGUGUUCAAAAUAAUACCUGUUUUUAAGCUCAAAAUUGUUGUAUUGGUUUUUGGUCUCACAUUUUGCUUUUAUGUAAUUUCUCUUCCAUAAAUAAAGAAUGCACUCUUAAAAUCCCAUUUACAAAUACACAUCCUUGAGGGAGUAUUUAGUCUUCAAUUUAAAACAAAUUACCUUACCUUAAAAGUACAAUUUUUAAAAGUCCUUAAAUUGAUUUUUCUAAACUAAAAUAAUAGGGAAGCUAGAAUAAUAGGAAAGAAAACUUCUGAGACUCUCUCCAUAAAGUAAGUGGUUUUACAAAACAAUCCCACAGAAUGUAUCUUUAAAAGGAAAUUUGAUUUUAUUCAUGAAAUUUUUUUUCAAGUGAGGAUAGGUAUCUGUGAUGAGGGUAUAUUAUGGCUGAGAUAAACUGAAUGUUAGCAUUUAUAAGUUACUAUUCUGUUGUUAAAUGCUUGUUAUCUGUGCUUUGAUUAUAACAAUUAGAACAAUUCUUUUUCAUUAAAUAUACUCACAGAAUUUACCCCCUACUUUUCUUGAAAAUCUGAGACCAUCUCUCAGGGUUGCCACAAACUUUCUUCCUUAGUCCCUCCAAACCUCUCAAGUACUUCUUCUCUUUACCUUCAGAUAAAGAAACAGUGCCCCUCCUUUCUAAAGCUCUCACCUUCCUCUCCAAGGCCUUGCUCUCCACUCAUGCCCCCUGCCCAACCCCAUCACUUCCUCCCUUCCUCUGCCACUGGCUCUUUCUCAGCCUCCACUCAUCUCCUUCAAACUUCUCUCUCCCUUCUGUCCCUGACACCAAAACUGAUGCCUGACAACUUUGAAAAAGCAACAAGCUCCUUGUUCGGCCUCCGUCUUUAAUGCAAUAAUAGCCAAAGAGAGGAAAGGAGCCCCUGAACAUGGUAAGAGGUAUUUGGGUCUGGUCCACUUCAGGGUGACAAAGAUAGGAGUCCUUCUGAAACAUGUCUGAAUAGCUGGGUGGGGAACCUGAAAUCAGCCUAACAGAAGGCAGGGAAGCCCCUCACUACACUGGUCCUGGAAGUUGCACCUACAGUUGUUUCAUCCUGGGGUGUUUGCUUGGGGCUCUAAUCUGCUCAGUUGGUGACAGAGGUGAAGAGAAGCCUGAAGAGGCCCCAGCAGUCCCAUGGCUGUGUCAGGGUCCUGCCAGUGAAGGCACAGUUCCACUUUCUCUGCGCCCUAGGUGAGCUCACUGGACAGUGUUCUCACAGCUAUUUCUCCUUUGGACAACAGCUCAGCCUUAGUUUCAGAGCAUUUUUUAGCAAACGUCCUCUCUCCAUCACCGUGGGGGUUUGCAGAGGUGAAAUGGUGAUAUUUUUCGAGGUUGUAUAUAGUAGUGAUUAAGAGUAAACUCUCCCAGGCAGACUGGCCAGGUUCACAUUCCAGCAAUGACAUUUCCAAAUAUGAUAUUGGCCAAGCCAGUUAUAAUUAACCUCUUUCUAUUUGCUUCCUCAUCUAUAAAAUGAUGAAACUAAUAGUACUUAUUUCAUGAUUACUGUGACGAUUAAGUGAAACAAUCUAUGCAAGUCCCUUAAAAUAGUGUCUGGCACAGAGUUACUGCUCAAUAAAUGUUAGCUAUUGUAUGAAAUAUAUAUUCUCAUACAACAAAUUCCUACCUGAAUAUAAACAUGCAUAUAUAUGUGUU